AAUGCUGCGAGGAGGUGGAGGUAAGGCGGCUGUGGGCGGCUUGUUGAGGCAGCUCCGAUCGCUCCACUUGCCUCGGCGAUGGUUCGCUGACAAGGGAUUCACGCGCAGGGACUUCAGCGAUCGGGGGUUCCAGGAGGAGGACUACAUCAGCGACAAUUGCUUCCGCAGCAUGGCGCUCCAUCGAUUCAAGGAGGCCCGCGACUUCACCCACGCGCCAGUCUUCUCGGGUUUCGACGAGGACGAGCGCGCUUACAGGGCCAGGCUGAGGAGGGCGAGUACCGCCAGCAAUGCUGCAUCCAAAGAGGGAGGAGAGGAGCGAAAGCUCGCUCGAUCUCCAAAGCUUGCGGGGAAGCUCCCGGAGGCGUUUGAUCUCUCCGGCCGCAAGCGAAAGAUCGACAACAAGAGGAAGAUGCUCAUGAGCCGAGCUUUCAAGGACUAUACCUGGUUUGAGUUCGAGGGAAGCGGCCUGGACGAGCACACUAGAAAGGAGAUGGCGAGGAAGAAGAGAGCAAAGCAAGAUUUCUUACCUGUGGACAUCCCGGCUACGUGGGAAGCCAUGGAAGAAUGCUUUCGAAAGGGGCUGGCCAAGGCAAUCGGUGUGAGUAACUUUAGCACGAAAAAGCUGCACGACUUGCUUCAACUUGCAAAGAUCACUCCUGCAGUGGAUCAGGUUGAGUUACAUCCAUUGUGGCAGCAAGGGCAGUUGACAGACUUGUGCAAGAGAAAUUGUGUCCAGGUGAUUGCUUGGUCACCUCUAGGUGGUCUUGGCAAGCCUUGGGGAAGCAAAUCCGUACUAGAGCAUCCUGUUAUCCAGGAAAUCGCUCUAAAGCACCACAAAUCUCCUGCUCAGCUCCCGUUGUCAAGAGCUACAACUCCCAGACACUGCUGGAAAACAUUAACAGCUUCGAUUUCAGCUUCAUUAACAGCUUCGAUUUCAGCUUGGCAGACGAGGACCAUAAACGAAUUGAGACCAUCGCACAGGAAAGGCUUGAGCACCUCAGUAGUUGAUUUCAGAUCAUACUUUCCUGGUGGACCAUUCAAAGAACCAUGGAAUGAUUUAGAAGGCUACAGUCAGCCGUACCUGAAGAACUGA